ACUUUUUAUAUACAGUCGCGUCGAGUCAAACGAAGGCUGUGUGCGGACAGAACAAAGAUGAGAUACCGAGCGUCCGUUUGAGGUUAGACAAAGGGUAUUGCAGUCAUUUUCGCAUUCGUACGUUUUCAAUCGUAAAAGAAAAAUAUAAAAGAUUGAUUGAUUUUCGUGCAUGCAACGUGACCACGAGCUGCCAUCAUGAGUAAAAUGUAUUCGACGGCGAAUCUGUCCGACAAGGAGUUGAAGGAACAGGGGAACCGUCUUUUCGAUCUACACAAAUAUGAAGAUGCAGCCAGUUGCUACACAAAGGCGAUCAUGAAGAAUCCAGGCCAGGCAUUGUAUUACACAAAUCGGGCGCUGUGUCAUUUGAAGCUGAAACGAUGGGAAUCCGUGUGCAAGGAUUGCAGAUGGGCGUUGGAUAUAGAUCCUUGUUUGAUGAAGGGUCACUUCUUCCUUGGACUCGCCCUAUUGGAAUUGGAACUUUUUGAUGAAGCUGUCAAAUAUCUGCAAAGAGCUGUAGACUUGGCAAAAGAACAGAAGCUGAACUAUGGUGACGAUAUCACUAGUGUAUUGCGUCAAGCCAAAAAGCGUCGAUUCCAAGUAAGAGAGGAACAAAGAAUUUCCCAAGAUAUUGAGCUGCAAACUUAUCUGAAUCAGCUGAUCAUAGAUGAUGCAAAGCGUAACUUGGCAACUCUGCAAAAACAAGAAACGUCAAAGGAUUCUAAUGUUGAAACAAACUCAGCAGAAUUCGCUAGGAGAAAAGAAGAGAUCGAAGAGAAGAGAGAUACCUGUAUAUCGAGACUUAAUGAUCUCUUUGCCAAAAUCGACGAGAGAAGGCGGAAAAGAGAGGUACCGGAUUACUUGUGCGGCAAGAUUAGCUUCGAAAUCCUGCAGGAACCAGUAAUUACGCCUAGUGGAAUUACAUACGAACGGAAGGACAUCGAGGAGCAUCUCCAACGAGUUGGCCACUUUGAUCCGGUCACGCGAGUACGUUUGACGCAAGAUCAGCUAAUCCCGAACUUGGCGAUGAAAGAAGUAGUUGAUACCUUCCUGCAGGAUAAUGAAUGGGCCUUGCAUUACUAAUGCCGAUAUGUAGCUUACUGCCAUAGGUUUAAGUUAAGGUGGUGGCGAUUUUUAACAGAGAAAGAAAAUGCAUGUUUUGAUUGAAGAGAUUUAGAGGUUGAUACGUCUAAAAGAAAAAUCUCAAGAGAAAAUGUAAAAUAGACUGUACAUGUAAAGGACUAAGUAUCUUGUUACCGUAAAAUAUUUUUACACGCCAUAUGAGACGUGGAAGAUAUUGUUAUUGAAUGUAAGUAUACUAGUAAAUAGUUAACGAUGAUAAGGAUCAUGUAAACACGUACAGGUUAUAUAUGUAUAUAAUUCUAUAAGUGC